AUGUUCCAGAUCCUCACAAUGCUGCUGCUGGAAACGCAGCUCUAUGUGGUUUCAGGUGAGAGAGAAUUGUUUACAGUUGAAGUUCCUCAACAGCUAUACGUUGUGGAGUAUGGGAGCAACGUGACCAUGGAAUGCAGAUUCCCUGUGAAUGGCUCAUUAAACCUAGGACUCCUAACUGUUGUUUGGGAGCAAAAAAGGCAGGGCCAGUUGAAAUCAAAAGGGGUUUACACACUCCGCAAUGGGAAGGCGUUUGCUCCAUCCCAACACCAUGAUUACAUAGGAAGAGCAGCACUUCUGCACAGUGAACUGAAAUUGGGACGAGCUAUCCUCCAGAUCACCAGCGUGAAGAUCACAGACGCGGGAUCAUACCUUUGUCUCAUUGACUACCAGGGCGUGGACUACAAGUACAUUACUUUGGAAGUAAAAGCAUCUUACAAGAGAAUAAACACUCAAGUAAUGAGAAAACCAGGUGAAGACAAGGUUGUUUUAAUGUGCCAGUCGGAAGGCUUUCCUCUGGCAGAGGUUUUCUGGCAAAAUGAGAACUUCAAUCUCAGUGGAUCUGCAAAUACCACCUAUACACUGACUGCAGACGGCCUCUAUAAUGUCACCAGCAUCCUGACGUUCAAACCAAACAUUAGUGAGAAUUACAGCUGUGUGUUCUGGAAUAAAGAACUGAACGGAAAAACUUCAGCUCACAUUUCCACUUUAGCUUUAAUGAGUAACCAGUAUAGCGGACAAAAAUCCCUGAUCUUAUUUAUCGUCCCCAUGUGUGUGAUGGUAGCUGUCCUUUCCUCUGCACUAAUAAUCUUUCAAAAAAGAAAAUCACUCAAGAAUGAGCAACCCAGAAAAGACAGAAAAAGAAAACUGGACCCUAACAUGAAAGAUGAGAACAGAGAUGAUUUUAACUCUCAAACUGAGGCUUUAUACAUGUCAACUGUCACAGCUUCGAGAGACAGUGGGAGUGUGGUUCUGUGA